AUGUUCACUACAGCACAGACAUCAUUUGGAGGAGCAUCAAAUUUUAGUCAGGCUUUAGCAUCUGAAGCACGUCUUAAUAGACUUCAUCGACUAUUUAAAACGCAUUACAAUGUCACAGAACCAUCACUUGUAUUGGAACCUUAUCUAUUUCUGGGCAAUUGCAUUUCAGCACAUGAUAUUCAUCGGUUAUCAAGAUUGGGCAUCCGUUAUAUCCUCAAUGUAGCUAAACGUGAUGUUGAAUUAUGUCCAUAUUAUCCUAAUGACAUGCGUACACUUACUAUUGAUCUUCGUGAUGACGAUCGAGAAAAUAUUUUACGUGCAUUUGAUCAAGCAUUUGCCUUUAUUGAUGAAGCUAGACGUGUAAGAUCUCGUAUACUAGUUCAUUGUAGUCAUGGACAAAGUCGAUCACCUGCUAUUGUUAUUGCCUAUCUUAUGCGUACAUAUAAUGUUUCAUUAGAACAAUGUCUUAUUCAUGUUGUUAAAGCUCGUCCAUGUGUUAUACCUAAUGACGGCUUUCUGAAACAAUUAAUAGUUUAUGAUCGUUUUCUUAUCGAACGUCGUCGACAACAACAAGAAGCAGCUGCCCGUCAAACUGUUAAGAGUGCAGCACCAACUGAAAUUCCAAUUCAACAUCAUCCACCUGUAGUUGCUCAACCUGUGAAAUCAACAGUUUCACCUAAAUCAACUCCAGCACAGCAUCCAACUCUUCCACUUUCUAAAGCUGCUAAUAUAUCAUCAGUAAAUUCAUCAAGUGUGGAGUUAUCAUCAACAUCAGAUACUGGUUUAGUAUCAAGAUCAAGUGUGGGGUUACCAUCAAUAUCAAAUAUGCGAUCCUCAUCAAGUACUAGCUCAAUACAUGUCAUUCCAAUUCAAAUUGCAUCAAAAGAAUCAACUCCAGACAAAAUUGAGCCAGUUCGAUACAAAGAAGUACCAAAAGCUGAUGGCAUUAGUGACGAAAAUACGCAUAAGGACGGUAUUCGUUUAGAAACAAAACCAUCUGAGAUAAAACAAUCACAAAAACCAAGUUCAAAUCGAAUUCAAUCUUCAUCGUCACAUAAUAUAUUAGUAACUAACAACCGAUCAAAUAAAAGAAGGAAAAAUGAUAUUCAGCAAGUUCCAAAGCAAAUAUCACGAUCUAAAACAGACGAUCUUAACCGUUUACAUGCUAAUCAUAAUUUUCAUUAUCAAUCUUCGCUUAUUCUUACUCAAGAACAAUGGAACAUUAUUAAUAAUGUGCCUGCAAAUUAUUAUGGCUCCAAUCAACAUAGAAAAAUAAAUUACAUAACUGAAAUUUAUGAUGGAGCAACAAAGAAGUUUAUUCCAAUGACAUGUUAUUAG